UCAGAUACGAACACCCAAGUAACCGAUACCGGCAUUCAGCCGCUUCACCACAGAGAUAUGAUCGGCAAAAACGCUUACUGAAUAUGCCUAUCUCGAGUCAGUCAUAAGUGGCGUAGUAUCAACCAUAUCUUGCCCCCAGCGUCUAUCGGUCCUAUGAUGCAUGGGGCGGACGAUGUCACCCGGAGAAUAACCAAUACUACAAACAUAACUGAUAGCGACAGCUGUUCGAAAACAGGCAAAGCCAUCUUCCAUUGCUCAACAGCACAUCUCUAGCGACAGGGCGCAACACUUUUGCCCUCAAUCGUGCAAUAACCCGUUCCAACAUGGCCAACAGCUUCAUCGCCUAUCUUCGAGGCGACCAGAAUGCGCCAGGCGAGCGCAAGCUGGUGCAGAAGCUUGAUUUUUUCAUCCUUACUUUCUGCUGUCUCAUGUAUUUCCUCAAUUAUCUUGAUCGCACCAAUCUUAACAAUGCGUACGUUUCUGGUAUGAGGGAAGAGCUGGACUUCAAAGGCAACCAACUCAAUCAGAUCAACACCGUCUUUACUGUAGGGUAUACUAUAGGGCAAGUACCAUGUAACAUCCUGCUGUACUACAUCAAGCCUCGUUAUUUCUUCCCUGCCUGCAUGGUAGCAUGGGCAGGCUUGACAAUGGUCACUGCAGCCGCUCAAAAACCUCAGGACAUCAUGGCAAUCCGCUUCUUCCAAGCGCUGUUCGAAUCAUCGACGUUCGUAGGAACCCAUUACAUUCUUGGUUCUUGGUACACCGAAAAAGAGCUAGGGAAACGCUCUGGAAUAUUCACCGCAUCAGGUCUUGCUGGCACUAUGAUUGGUGGUUUCAUCCAAACGGGUAUACACAGUAGCAUGGACGGCCUCCGGGGGAUGAGUGGUUGGCGAUGGCUCUUCAUCAUCGACGGACUCAUCACACUUCCUGUAGCCAUCUACGGUUUCGCCCUCUUCCCCGACACGCCAAGAAACACACGAGCGCCUUACCUCAGUGCCUCCGAGAAAGCGCUAGCAAUCUCCCGCGUUCCUGAAGUCUCGGAGCGCACUCCAAUAUCCUUGUCCUUUUUGAAGCAUUGCUUCUCAACGUGGUAUUGGUACUUUUUCGUCAUCCUCUGGAUUCUAGCGGGAGAGACCGAAUCUUUUAGCACAAACGCUUUGUUGCAACUUUACAUGCGCUCACAUCCUACAAACACUUAUACCGUGGCUCAGAAUAACAACUAUCCUACCGGAGUACCUGCUGUCGGCAUUGUUUCGACUUUGUUUUGGGCCACACUAACGGACUUUAUGGGCGGGAAACGUUAUCUUGUCGGCUACUGGAUUGGCAUAACUGGUAUCGUAACCUCAGCCCUCAUUCUCGCCUAUCCACAAAACACCACGAUUCACUUCGCAAUGUAUUAUUGGGCAGGCAGUGUUUAUGCCUGUCAAGCCACCUUCUUCGCCUGGGCAAACGACGUAUUACGCUACGAAGAAGACAGUCUGCGUGCUGUGGUCAUAGCAAGUAUGAACAUGGGAAGCAACGCCAUCAACGCCUGGUGGAGCAUUGUCUUCUACGGUGCAAAUUUCGCACCGUACUUUACCAGGGGUAUGUGGGCUAUGAUUGCCGUCAGCAUUGCCAUGGCAGCGUGGACGGCGGCGUUGGCAUGGAUGCAGGCAAGGACUGAGAGCAGGAGAAUGUUAGAAGGGGGGGUUGUGCACAAUGCUAUUAUGGGAAAGGGCGGGGAUGAAGGGACAUUUGGGACAGGGGAGGGAGAGAAAGCAUAGAUGCUUUACACAAUGUUGUGCUACUAGUUUUAUGGUCUGUUUCUCAAUGAGACGUUAUGGAUUCGAGAAUACGCACGGCUCUCCGUGCAGAAAAA